GGGACUGUUCUGUCAUUUAUUAACCACAAGCAGGCUUCUGGGUUUUGCUUCCAACCACCCUCUCUCUUUCUCUCCACAAACAAAAAGGUCUCUCUCCCCCUAACCAGCAAAGACCACACCUGCAAUUCCGACCCAUCCAAUCAGUCUUGAUUGUACGGACGCCACAACAAUAAAGCAAUCAACAGUCAAUUUCAUGCAACAGAAAGUUGUUUGUUUCCUCCGUUAGAGAGCUUUUCUUGGUCUCUGCAAAAACCUGGGUUCGUGAAGUUCUUGGCGGGUCUUAACCAACAUGUCAGCACUGACCCGAGACCCGAGUCACAACUCGCUCAAAUCUUUCAAAUUCGCUCUCUUCCCGAACGAGAAGAACACUGAUUUUUUCGCCACCUUGUUGAAAGGAGCUCUCUUGGUGUUCUUGCUCACCUCCAUUUCACUCGUGCUGUACUCGGCUUUCGCCACUCAAACCGGCUGGUUCGGCUGCCCCGAAUGUCACAGACCCGUCCAAAGAUCCGCCCGCAGUCUCAACCCCACCAACAUUUCCCACGUCCUCUUCGGCAUCGCCGGGUCGGUGAAGACCUGGCACAAUCGGCGCCACUACAGCGAGCUCUGGUGGAAACCCGGCAUCACCCGCGGGUAUGUUUGGCUAGACGGAAAACCCGAUUCGAAUAAGCCAUGGCCUGAGAGCUCCCCUCCUUAUCGGGUCUCCGAGGAUUGGUCCCGGUUCAAGUACUCCAGCUCACGCCCCGCGGUUCGGAUCGCCCGAAUUGUGAUGGAAAGUUUCCGGUUGGGUUUGCCGGAUGUGAGGUGGUUCGUGAUGGGAGAUGAUGAUACCGUGUUUUUCCCUGAUAACUUAGUCUCGGUGUUAGCGAACUACGAUCACCGACAGAUGUACUAUAUUGGCGGGAUUUCGGAGAGCGUGGAGCAAGAUGUGAGGCACUCGUACGGCAUGGCGUUUGGCGGUGGUGGAUUUGCGGUCAGCUAUCCGCUGGCGGCGGAGUUGGUCAAAGUUUUGGACGGCUGUCUUGAUCGGUACCACACGUUCUACGGCUCUGAUCAGAGGGUGUGGGCGUGUGUGAGCGAGAUCGGCGUUUCGCUCACCAGAGAACGUGGGUUUCACCAGAUUGAUGUUAGAGGGGAUCCAUAUGGUCUCUUGGCGGCACACCCAUUGACACCACUUGUGUCGCUCCAUCACCUUGAAUACGUUGAACCGUUGUUCCCAAACCAGACCCGGCUGGAGUCAUUAGGGUCUUUGAUGCAAGCUUAUCGGGUUGACCCUGCCCGAACUGUGCAGCAAAGUUUCUGCUACCAUCCAAAGCAAAGUUGGUCAGUGUCCGUCUCAUGGGGCUAUACAGUUCAGCUAUACCCAUGGUUGUUGACGGCCAAGGAUUUGGAGACACCGUUGGGGACUUUCAAGACAUGGCGGAGUUGGCAGGAUGGACCUUUCAUUUUCAACACUCGGCCCGUGAAUCCUGACCCGUGUGACUCGCCGAUUAUUUACUUUCUGGAGCAGGUCAAGGAGGAUGGCAAGGGUUCGACGCUAAGUACUUACAGGAGGCAUGUGGCUGAGCCAUCAAAGAUAUGUGAUAAAGCACCCUAUGCCCCUGCAAUGUCUGUGGAUACAAUUCGGGUCUCGGCAUUGAAGAUGGACCCAGAAGAAUGGAGUGAGGCACCGCGAAGACAGUGUUGUGAGAUCAGUAAGAGUUUGACGAACAAUGCGAUGCGUGUUAAGAUUAGACAGUGUAAGCCUCGGGAAACUAUCACUUCUUAGAGGUCAGCCCACUCUCAUUUCCAUGCCAUGUAGAUAUAGUUAUACAAUAAAAUCAGUUUUGAAUGAAGUAAGAGCACACUGACUUUUUCUCCCGUCUCUCUAUUUGAAGAUCAUAGACCUCUUUUUUUUUUUUUUUAGAGUGAUUUUUGUGGUGCAUUUUGAACAGAAGAAAAUACACAUUCUAUUAUAACUCCAUAUGAUCUGAAAUUUUAGAAAGAUUAGAAGUGAUAACAAAAGAGAAUGAAUUGCUGCUACUAAGAAAAAUGAACUCGAUAUCGAAUGAACAAGAGGCAAUAUCUAUUCAUGGGAUGGCUGUUUCAUUGGUGUUAGUGAUGAAAUAUAUAUGUUAUGUGGAAUUUAUUUUUGUGACAGUGACAUUGCACGGUGGUGGUGGUCACUGUGACCUCACUAGUCAUGGCUGAGUGUUACAAAGGAUUCAAUUUUACAAUCACAAGUGCUUGUUAUAUGGGAUAGUUUAUGAGAGUCUUUCCUUCCAGUAAGUGUUAUAUAUUGUUUAGUGGGCAUUUCCAAAAUGGAGGGACCAAAUUGAAAGUAGUGACUGGCUACUUCCAUUAUCGAUGAUGGUGUUAAGUGUUACUUCACAUCCAUCUCCCUCCAUUCACACACAGUGCCCUUAGUGGACAUCUAUGAAUUGGUCAUAGAGGAUCAAUCUUUAUAAUUAAUCACCUUGACUUGUAAUUUAUGGUUUCCUACGCAUUGUCUGACCUAAUUUUUGACACAGAUUAGGUGGCUUCCACCCAAUUAAAUUAAUUGUAAAAUAAUUUGAGGUUAAUCACAUUCUUAGUAGAGGCUAUUGACAUGAUUCAUUAGUAACAAUUGUGACUAUUACAUUGACUGGUAAUUUAUGGUUUCCUACGCGUUGUCUGACCUGAUUUUCGACACAGAUUAGGUGGCUUCCACCCAAUUAAAUUAAUUGUAAAAUAAUUUGAGGUUAAUCACAUUCUUAGUAGAGGCUAUUGACAUUCAUUAGUAACAAUUGUGACUAUUUUCUUCAUAUAAAACUUGGAUCUAAUGAGCAUUGUCCAAAUAACAAGACCAUAUGGCAUCGUUUUAUUUGCUGAUCUUUUUUUUUUCUUUCUUUCUUUCCAGUAGUUAAGAUAACUAGAUAAGUUUAAUUAUUUUAGUUAAUUUAUAAUUAAGCAAAAUGAAAACAGAGUUAUAUUCUUUUAUUUUUGUUCAGAUAUGAACUCUGCAAGUUUUAUUAGUUCAUACUCUAGUAAACAAAAAGGAAACAUAAUUGAAUAACUGUAAAGUGUGAUUUGUUGCAUCAUAUUUUUUGCUUAUGCAAGUCUUAUUAGUUCAUAUGAAAAAGGGUAAGAAGGGAACAAAGUGACACAAUAUUGUUAUCUUAAUAUAUAAUAAUUACAUAUCAUAAACAGUUAAUAACAAAAUAAUUACCAACUCUAAGAUUAAAA